ACACGUUAAACCUCGCUGCAAAAUGAAUGAACUUGACUGAAAGAAAGGGGAAAAGGGGACACCAGCAUUUUCUGCGUUUUAUUACUCUCUCCUUCUCCUUCUCUUUCUCUUCUUCUUGUCUUCGAGAACCUUCUUCCAUUCACACUCCCAAAAAUGCUCGCUGCCGCCUCGAGGUACGCCAGACCCACCACCGGCGGCGGCACUCGUGUCCGAUCACUUUUAUCUUCUUCCGCCAUCGCCACAACUUACUCAAUUCCCACCGCAACUGGCUUCCGUUACGGUUACACUAACGGAAUCAGUUACAAUAACCGCAACACCAGAACAUACCCAAACUUACUCUUCUCCGUAAAAGGAUUUCUCUCUGAUUCCUCCUCCUCCUCAUCAUCAUCAUAUGGCAGAGUAACCAAUCCAUUCAUACCACAACCUAAUUCGAAGGUGGAUGGAAGAGCGUUGUUCUCAACUUCAGCUAAAACUGAUGAUGGAAGUCAGAACCAGAAAAGUUCUUCUCCUGUUGCUAAAUUGCCUCCAGUUGUUGGUGGACAAGUUGCCGAUAUUAAGAUCCUUCGAGUGCUUGCGAGUUACCUUUGGAUGAAAGAUAAUCUCGAAUUUCGGUUUCGGGUUAUUGCUGCAUUAGUUUUACUUGUUGGAGCUAAGGUUGUGAAUGUUCAGGUCCCUUUCUUAUUCAAGCUUGCAGUGGAUUGGUUGAAUACUGCCACGGGCACUGCUGGCGCUGUUGCUUCGAAUCCUACUGCUAUGGCGCUUUUCGCUACUCCCGUGGCAGUGUUGAUUGGAUAUGGGAUUGCACGUUCUGGAGCUUCUGCCUUCAACGAACUGCGGACUGCUUUGUUUUCCAAGGUAGCACUGCGAACAAUUCGAUUAGUUUCAAGGAAGGUCUUUUCACAUUUGCACGACCUUGACCUUCGAUAUCAUCUAAGUCGAGAAACUGGUGCAUUAAGUCGGAUAAUUGAUCGUGGUAGCCGUGCUAUAAAUUUCAUUCUCUCCGCCAUGGUGUUCAAUGUAGUACCCACCGUAUUAGAGAUAUCUAUGGUAUCAGGUAUACUGGCCUACAAAUUUGGAGCACCUUUUGCAUGGAUUACUUCACUGUCAGUUGCCGCUUAUGUUGUUUUCACACUUUCUAUCACACAGUGGAGGACUAAAUUCAGAAAAGCCAUGAAUAAGGCAGAUAAUGAUGCUAGUACUAGGGUUAUUGAUUCACUUAUUAACUAUGAGACGGUCAAAUAUUUCAAUAAUGAAGCUCACGAAACUGAUCAUUAUGACAAGUACCUAAAGAGGUAUGAGGAUGCUGCUCUGAAAACCCAACACAGUCUUGCUUUGUUGAACUUUGGUCAAAAUGCUAUAUUUAGUGCUGCUCUUUCAACAGCAAUGGUUCUGUGUUCUCAUGGGAUCAUGAAUGGCACAAUGACCGUUGGUGAUUUGGUGAUGGUAAAUGGGCUUCUCUUCCAACUGUCUCUUCCCCUCAAUUUCCUUGGUAGUGUUUAUCGCGAAACUAUACAGAGUCUAAUUGACAUGAAAUCCAUGUUCCAAUUACUUGAGGAAAGAGCAGACAUUAAGGACAAAGAAAAUGCCAAACCUCUCAAACUUACUGGGGGGAGGGUUCAAUUUGAUAAUGUACAUUUUGGUUACCUCACAGAAAGAAAGAUACUGGAUGGAAUAUCAUUACUUGUACCAGCUGGUAAAAGUGUUGCAAUUGUUGGGACUAGUGGAAGUGGAAAAUCAACCAUUCUCAGAAUGCUAUUCAGAUUUUUUGAUCCCCAUUCUGGAAGUAUAAAGAUAGAUGAUCAAGAUAUUCGGGAUAUAACCCUUGAGAGUUUACGAAAGUCUAUUGGCGUUGUUCCACAAGAUACUGUACUUUUCAAUGAUACUAUAUUUCAUAACAUUCACUAUGGUCGGCUUUCAGCAACAGAAGAGGAGGUCUAUGAAGCUUCCCGUCAAGCAGCAAUCCAUGACACUAUAAUGAAUUUUCCUGAGAAAUACUCCACUGUUGUGGGAGAGCGAGGGCUCAAGCUAAGUGGUGGUGAGAAGCAGCGUGUUGCUCUUGCCCGAGCAUUCUUAAAAGCACCUGCUAUACUGUUGUGUGAUGAAGCUACAAGUGCUCUUGACAGCACAACAGAAGCAGAGAUUUUAAGUGCAUUGAAGUCAGUAUCAAAGAAUCGAACUUCCAUAUUCAUUGCACACAGGCUGACCACUGCAAUGCAGUGUGAUGAGAUUAUUGUUUUGGAAAAUGGAAAGGUGGUUGAGCAUGGACCACAUGAAACGCUCUUAGAAAAUGCAGGGAGAUAUGCGCAGCUUUGGGGACAACAAAAUAACUCUAUUGACUCAAUUGACGCAGCCAUCAAAUUGGGAGCAUAAAAUUAAUAAAAAUCAUAUUUUCUCUUCAAGAGAGGGGGAGAAAUGCAUUGCAUAAUGUUAAUAGAGCAUGUAUUCUAGACCAUUUUGAAGUUUGGUGAUAUGGUGCCGAUUAUAAGCUCUCUUCAGCAAGAGUAUCACCCUCCUUAUUGUUGGGUUAUGCAGCAGGGCACAUCGAUUUAUUAUAAUGAUGGAUUUGAAAGAUUCAUACAUAAUUUAUUGGUGUUCGAAAGCACACAUCCUUGUUAGAUAAAUGAAGUUGGAUCGGCUUUCUGUGGACGGCAAGAGUUUGUAUUAUUAUAGUUAAGUAGAUUAUAAAUUGUAUUAUUGCAUAUACUAAAGCACUUCUAAAUAGCAAGAAGUGCUUCCUUGUAUAUGGAGUGUUAGACUAGGAACUGCUUAUUUUGCAGCUGAUUUUUUCCCUAUUAUUAUAGAGCGGCAUAGUUCAACCA